AUGAGAGCAGAUACGACAGAGAGCAAUAACACCAAAUCCAGUGCUCCCCUCCUCUCCCAAAGAUACCUGAGGAUGGUCACUAAGGAUGGACACAGCACAUUCCAGAUGGAUGGUGCCCAAGGAAAAGGUCUGGCAUACCUCCGAGACGCAUGGGGAAUAUUAAUGGACAUGCGCUGGAGAUGGAUGAUGCUUGUCUUUUCUGCUUCUUUUGUCAUUCACUGGCUAGUCUUUGCAGUGCUUUGGUAUUUGCUGGCUGAAAUGAAUGGGGACCUGGAGCUGGAUCAUGAUGCUCCACCUGACAACCACACUAUAUGUGUCAAGUACAUCACCAGCUUCACAGCUGCCUUCUCCUUCUCACUGGAGACACAACUUACAAUUGGUUAUGGCACUAUGUUCCCAAGCGGGGACUGUCCCAGUGCUAUUGCCCUGCUUGCAAUACAGAUGGUCCUGGGGCUCAUGCUGGAAGCCUUCAUCACAGGUGCUUUUGUGGCAAAGAUUGCCCGCCCAAAGAAUCGGGCAUUCUCCAUCCGCUUCACCCGCUCUGCUGUAGUGACCCACACCGAGGGGAAGCCAUACCUUAUGUUCCAGGUGGCCAACACGCGCUCCAGCCCACUGACCAGUGUCCAGAUUGCUGCUAUACUUUACCAAGAACAGGAGAAUGGGCAGCUGCACCAAACUAGCAUUGACUUCCACCUAGACAGAGUUACUUCAGACGAGUGUCCUUUUUUCGUCUUUCCGCUGACUUACUACCAUUCAAUCACUCCAUCCAGCCCCUUGGCUGCUCUCCUUCAAAGAGAAGCUGCUCACCAUUUUGAGCUGGUCGUCUUUCUGUCAGCUGUGCAGGAGGGCACCGGAGAAAUAUGUCAAAGGAGAACAUCCUACCUUCCCUCAGAGAUCGUGCUGUACCAGCGCUUCGCCUCCGUGCUAGCCCGCAAUGCCAAAGGUGAAUAUCAGAUCAAGAUGGAGAAUUUUGACAAGACUAUUCCUGAGCUCCCAGCUGCAGCUGACUCAAAGAGUCCAAAAAGGACUGCCAAGGAGAUCCGCAUCAAUGGACAGCACAGUGACAGCUUCCAGCUCUCCGAGACUGGCCUCAUAGAAUAG